CAAGUGGAUAUUAUUAUUAUUAUUUUUUCAAAAUUCAAAUAUCUGUUACGAAACGUUUUGAUUCGGUUAGUAAUUUUAUGUGAAACAUGUGUAUUCAUUUUGACUGAAAGUGUUCAAAUAAUGAACAAACCCGGUAAACGUGGUAAUGUUAUGUCGAAAGGACGAAACGAUGUCGACACACGUCCUGAGUACGUCGGCGUUAUCCCGAAACCAGCUCUGUACUCGUCGAUUGUUCAAACGGAGACGCAGCUAAGACGCAUAACAAUUUCCGAUACGAACUCGAAGCAGAUCGCCAAUAAAGCAGCAGGGGUAAAGGAGGUCAAUUUUCCGUUCACUCAGCAAGUGUACGACUACAAUAAUAUGGUGGAUGUCGGACUGAACAGCGGUGUAAAGGUUGUUACCAGACCAAAACCAAAGCUCAGAGAAGUGCAUUCCACAAGAAAACCAGAACCUAAGUUAAGUGAUUACUACCGUCCAAGUUUCAAUAAUGUCCAACGCAUACAAAUGGAUGGUGUGACAACUACUCCCGAAUUAACUGUGCAGUUUGAUGGAUUGGCAGUAUCUAGAUUAAUUAAUCAAAUUGAUGAUUUAGUUUUUAAAUAGGUAAUGAGUAAUUGAGUAGUAAGUAAUAAAGUUGUAAUUGAUUUAAA